AAAGGCCCUCAGAGGUAAGAAGGAAUUCCUCUUGCCUGACUGUUAAGGUGGGACAUUUUGGUUGUUUUUUUUUUUUUCUCCUGCCUUCAUACUUGAACUGAAGCGUCAGCUCCUCCUGGAUCUUGAGACUGAUGGUAUCUGGACUAGAUCAUUUGGGUCUCCAGUCUGCCUGCUGUAGAUCUUGAAUCUUGUCAGUCUCUAUAACUGCAUGAGCUGAUUCCUUAUAACAUCUUUCUCUCCCUCGUUCCCUCUACCUCCCUGUAAAAAUACUGCACAAGGAAAGUCAGGCAAAUGCUUUAUGAUGAUGAUUUUAGCACUGAUGCCUUAGAAAGCGUGGAACCCUCUCCAAGAGACACCAAUCUAUUCAUUUGACCAAGUUAUUCCAGGUCCAAUGGGACUUAGAUGAUACUUAACAGAAAAUUUUCUUGAAUAAUGGCCAUACUUUUACUUAGAAGUUAAGAACAAUUUCUAACUGCUGUUAGAGCCACUUAUCUUCUACUCUCUUUUCUACUUCUCUCUGCAAAUGGCCACAAUCCCUGGUACUACCGUUUGAAGUAUAAGCAUAGAAUUGGAAAGAAUACUAACCCAUAUAAUUACUGUACUUCACUUAAAUGGUUUUGGUUAUAAAGAAGAGAUAAGAACCACUCCUCGCAUCAAAUAUAAAAAUGACCAAGUAUUUCUUUUAUCCUUUAUCAACUGCAAAAACAAACAGCUCUCUAGGACCCGGGAACAGAGCACCCUGUCACAGACAGGGUGUUGUUCAGGAAAAACUGAAUGGGAGACAUUACUCAAAAUCACAUAGAGCAGCAAAUAUCUUAGAAUAAAAAAUCUUGUAGCCAUGCUCUCUAUAAAUCCCCACAAGAGCAGGCAGGCUUCCUAAAUAAUUAAAAACUGAACAAGUAAGAGGCAUAGCGGAAGUCCCUCCAGCCACAGUGCUGUGUUGUGGGGAAGAGACGGAUUUGUAAAUCCUAGAGCAAGGUUCUGCCUACCCGAGGCCACUGCUGGGUGGAGACCCUGGGGGACGCCACUGUCACCAUGUCUGAACAGGAGGCAAAACCUCCAACUGAGGACUUGGAGGAUAAGAAGGAAGGAGAGAACACUAAACUCAAAGUCAUCAGACAGGAUAGCAGAGAGAUUCACUUCAAAGUGAAAACGAUGACGCAUCACAAGAAACUCAAAGAAUCAUACUGUCAAAGACAGGGAGUUCCCAUGAAUUCACUCAGGUUUCUCUUUGAAGGUCAGAGAACUGCUGAUAAUUACACUCCAAAAGAACUGGGAAUGGAGGAAGAAGAUGUGAUUGAAGUUUAUCAGGAAAAAACAGGGGCAUUCAAUGGUUUAGAUAUUUUUAUUUUUUAUUCUUCUCCCUUAAUACUUUUUUAUUUUUAAAAAUAGUUCUUUUGUAAUGUAGUGUUCAAAACAGAAUUGAAAACUGGCACCCCAUCUCUUUAAAACAUCUGGUAAUUUGAAUUCUAGUGCCCAUUAUUCAUUAUUGUUUGUUUUCACUGUGCUGAGUUUUGGGGAU